AAAUGGAAAAGAAAAUGGAAAUGGAAAAGAAAAUGAAAAUGGAAAUGGAUGCAACAAAUUCCACGCAAUUAAGACCUUGGAGAAAAUUUUUCUGGAAAUAGAAGUAAACCAAACAUCGUGCAUCACUGCAGGCCAUUCUAUGGCCGUCCUAUAUAGACCAUCCAGAUCUGAUGACAACGACUUAAACAUUUACCUCAGUGACACUGAGGGUUCUGUAGAUGAGGAUCUGCCCGGCCGGAAAUUGCGAGCUUACCUGCCUAAAGAGCUGAAACUUGGAUCGGAUCAUACAGUCGCAUUCUGGUCGGUUCAGCUUCCAGUUGAGGAUGUUUGGAAAGGCUUAGAGAACCUGUAUGAGCACAGACUCAUUGGCCUGAGUGUCCGUGGAAUGGACGUUUCUGGACUUACGGAACCAGUCAAGAUCACAAUCAGAAUCACUACAAACAAAAGUGAACUCUUGAACUUCACAUGUGUGUACCUAAACACCACAGGAAAUGAUACCACUCCAAGACGAUGUGACAGUAUGGACUAUAACGGGACUCACGUCACCUGUUUCUCCAGUCAUCUCACGUACUUUGGUGUGCUUCUGGUGUCUGCAGACCUCUCACCUAAAGACGCUGAGAUCUUGUUCUACAUCACCUACAUCGGCUGUGGUAUCUCUCUGUUUGGUCUGGUCGUCACUGUUUUGUUCUUCAUCUCUAAAAGGAAACUCAGAGCAGACGAUUCCAAGAAGAUCCACAUCAGCCUGGCAGUCGCUCUGAUCUUCCUCAACGUUCACUUCCUCCCCAGCCAGGCGGUGGCAGCGUCGUCCUCCACUGAGCUUUGCCGUUAUGUGGCUCUUCUUCUUCACUACUCCCUGCUGGCCUCUUUCACCUGGAUGGCCUUGGAGGGCUUCCACCUCUACCUCCUCCUGGUCAAAGUCUUCAACGUCUAUGUGAGGCGAUACCUGCUGAAACUCAGCGUGGUGGGAUGGGGUCUUCCAGCGGUCAUUGUGUCAGUGGUGGCGAUCGUCGACAAGAACUUUUAUGGCCGUACCCCUGUGAUGUCAUCCAGACCCAAUGAAACUGAAAUAUGCUAUAUAACCGAUGACAGAGUGAAGCUGGGGACCACACUGGGACUGUUCAGCAUUAUGUUCCUCUUUAAUGUGAUCAUGUUUGGAGUGACAAUCAAAUGGUUUGUGAACACCCACUUUACCAAACAGCAUGGACAGAGAGAGCGCCGUGUGGCCCUGAAAGAAAUCGUGACCCUGCUGGUUCUCAUGGUUCUGCUGGGCCUGUCCUGGGGGCUGAUCUUCUUCUCUUUGGGUCAGCUUCCUGCUCCCGGCCUCUACGCCUUCUGCAUCCUGAACUCUCUGCAAGGUUUCUUCAUCUUCAUUUACUUUAUGUUGCAUUUGAAGAAUUCAGGAAACCAAUCUGCCACUCCAAGCCCUGCAACUCAGGCUGAAAGCUCCUGACCUCCGGUGGGAUCUUACUCAGAGAGACAUUCACCUGCCUGAUUCAUUGGUCUUUUGUUUGCCUUAAGGAAAUGUGUCAGAACGUCAAACAGAUCUACGCAUCAGACAAACUUAACACAUAAAUACAAAAUGCAGCAUUUCAAUCAAAGAGUUUCUUCCAUCCAUCCAUUUUCUUCUGCUCAUUCCAAGAUGGAGUGGUUGUUAGGGCCACUGAAACAGAUCCUCACAACACCAAGUCCAAAUUACAGAC